AUGCCCAUUCCAACACGCUCGGCUUCGCUGCGCGAGCCCCGUAAACAUACUUCCAACAUAGCCCGACCAACCACAAAGCCCUCCACCACAGCAACCACCACGGCCGGCCCGAGCAGGGAAUCCACCCGAGAAACGAAAGACAACAGCCGCCAGCCAUCAGAUUCCUCGCCGGUCGAGGGUGUGUCUUCGAAAGACAAUGGCCUCAUUGCCCGAGGAAAAACUUUACUUCCCCAGCGCAGUAUCCCUGGUCAAGACAAUGGGCGUGGAACGGGUCAGGUGCGGUUUCAGCCACCCGGCAGCAAGCCGAACACACGCAGAGACGCGUCACCGACAAGACAGCAGGAACGAUUGCCGACCAAGAAACAAGUACAACCGGCGCCCAAAUCCACGAAGCCCGGGGUGACACCCAGCCGCCGUCAAAGCUUAAUGCGAUCUGGCACCUUGAAUCCUGUAGUGAAGACGACAGUCCCUUUGUCCCAGAGGUCAGCGUCCUCGUUCACCCCGCCCUCGCCACGCAAGCAGGCGGGCAGACAAUCUCCCACCCAGACCGCUACUCUCAGACGACCGCCUUCCCCUAAGAAAUCCGAGAUGCUACCUCCACCACGUCCUACACGGUCCGCUUCCAUGAGACAACCUGUCAGUGCCGGCAAGGGACCGCCGGCGGUGGCCAGGACCCAUACACGACAUAAGAGUCAGCUUGUGCAGAGCGCAAAACAGGCUGAACCGACUCCGGCGACGGGACAACGUCCCCGACUACUACCCACAUACCAACGGCCCUCCUCCCCCAAGAAAUUCUCUAAGCCCCCAACACCUACCCCUGGAACCAACGCUCAGUCUAGCAAUCUGUUAAUCCCUUCGUCUUGGCCGGACAUUGCGGCAUUACAGACAGAACUCCUUCAGCUCAGUCUUUUCCACUCGAAUUCGUUGCAAAGACACACUCAUUGGAAGUCUGAUACAGAGUCAUGCCUGCGCAAAAAGUACGACGAUAUCGCCGGCCAAUACCGCUCAGUGCUGGCAGAUGAAACCCAGCGGCAGUAUAAACUGAAUAUACAGGCCCUGGAGCUCUGGCUCUCUAGUUGUCAUGGACAUCCCUGUCAGCAUGAUUUCUCCGAUCAGGUCCAAAUUCUAUCAGGGAUUCUGCAAGAUGUCUCAGAUAUGAUCUCUGGAGUCGGGGGUGGAGAGUAUUCUCGGACUGUGGAGAUAUUCGAAAACUGGCUUAACCAGGCGGAGCUCGUUCGUCAUGGCCGGGUGUCGGGGGAUGUAGACAUUGACAUCUUCAUUGACCCUCUGACUCGGGGCUGGCAGGAGUCAUUGCAUGCUUUAAUCGUUAAACUAGAACUAUGUGCGCGCCAGCUGCAAGUCCUCGAUAUCCCAGCCUUCGAGGGUCUGGAACAGUCCGCCCUUGCCAGGGCGUCUAAGAAAUUGGCCGAACUGAUCCAGUUCAUGUUGCAGGAGAUCCGGGCCAUACGAACAUUGGAGGCAGAAAUAGUCCGAUCAGAAAGAGAUUCUGUCAGCCUUGUUGCAACGCGGCUGGCAGGUCCUACGAGGGAAAUACGGGCUCCCCGAGUAGGAGUAUGGAGAAGCUAG